UUACUUUGCUUCCUUGGAAUAUUUUUAAUUCACGAAAUACAUAUUCUGAAAAUAUAAAACUAUGUACCACUCUUAUUAAAUUUAACUGUCAAAUCGUGUAUCCAGUUUUCAAAUCAGGCUCUUCACUCUUAUCUAGUAAUAGAGCACAUCCAAACAUAUUUCUGGUAUGCAUUAAUAGGAUUUGGCAUUUUAAGAAAAAUGUUUAUUCUUUUCAUUAUUUUUUUUUACUGCAGCAAUUUGAUUUAGAUAAUCAAAUGUCGCUGGUAUUUCUCAUUCAGGAGCAUUCUUUGGGAUCGACCGUGAUGACACAGAGAAGUGGAGAGGUUUACAGUGGGAAUCCACAUCAGAGUAUACCUGGAUGGCAGGGGUUUAGAAGGAGGUUUGAUUUGAAAUCUAAUGAAAGAGUGAAACACUGGCUUGAGAACUCAGUUGUCUGUCAAUCCCUGCACCCACCCAGUGAAGCCCUGUCCUCCUAGUUUGCGUGAUUGACAGUGGAAAGAACUGGAGUCAGGUUAGAGGAAGACAGCCCACGAUUGUGUGUCUCAUUCUGAUCUUUUUAGACUUAUUAAAAGAAAAUAAUAAUGUAGCUGAAUGCAGUGGCAAACAAAAGGCAGCAUUUCUCACUUCAUAACUGUCAGGGAAACAAUAGAUAUACCUCCAGAUAAUAUAAAUAUUCUGCCAAUUCUGCUGUGGAAGAAAGCAACACGCAGUCUAAGAUGAUAAGAUGUGUUCCUAACAAAAGAAUGUCAGUAGAUGCAAAUCUAGAAGGUUUGUGUUCUACUCAGUUUGUUAUAUUGAAAGUCAGGAAUUGUGCCUCAUUCCGUUAAAAUGAUUGAGAGGUUCUGAAUCUUAGUCAACAGCGAGGAUAUUCUCCUUCAAAUGUAAAUAUGGUCAUUCAUUCAUUCAUUCAUUCAUUCAUUUCAUCCACUCCAUCCCUCUCCCCUCCUCCCUCUCACACUGUACCUGUCAUGGUGUCUUAGGUAAAGUAAAUGUUGAAUACAGGAGAUACUUAUUCUAGGCUGGGAAGAGAACUAGAGAGGAAACUAGGGGUGGGAGAUGGAGGAAGGGCUGGGCACCAAUAGUAAAGCAGGACCAUGGACAGGACUGGGGCACUGACAGACCAGGAGGGAGGACGAGGGAGGUCAUCCCUGUAGUCUCUCCAUGUUUGGAGACUAUUCUCUCCAUCUUUCUUUGCAACUUCCCCAUUUCAACAGCAGAACGCAUGAAGGGAUGACCUGGGAUCAGGUCUGAGUGACAUGCAGGUCACACUGUUCACACUGCACCAAAAUCUCCCUGUAAUAAGAAAUUUUCAGAACUGAACCACACUUACCUUACCAAAACCCAUAAAUGCUCAUUUCAGAUGAAUUGCUUGUUCUAUUUCUAAUUCAGGUAAGUUAUUUGAAUUUUAACAUCACUACAACAAACACACAGAUUUGUUUGGUGUAAACUGGGAAGACUAUGGGAAGAGCAAGUCAAUUGAUUUGUAUUUGAUCAGACACUGACUUGGGUGUCAUUUUAGCAAAAAUUUUUUAUUCACUACUAUUUGCAGUUUUGCCUUUACUUUUCAAUUUGCUUUGUUCAGGAAGGAAUGUAAAGCUCAAGGUUUGGCAUAAAUAAGCUAACAUUUUUACAGUGAACUGGAUAAAUAUCUUUCACAGUCUAUAUCCAUCUGUCUUUUUUUUCUAACUUUCUUUCUCUUUGGUUAUAGGCCAAGACAGAAGAGAGAACUCUCACCACCACAUUGCAAAGGGAAUACAUUGCCAGAAUUUGGAAUACUCUUUUGGACAAACAUUUCUCCCGGGAGGAUGGAGCCCUCGGCACCCCCACGCCGCCACCUUUGAAGGACCGAUUCCGUCAGCUUGUGCGAGUCCCUGCUCCCACCAUGGGACCUGCAGGCGGCGUGCUGAGCGGGGGACAGAUGCAGGUCGUCCUGUGGGGGAGUCUGGCAGCUGUCGCCACUUUCUUCCUCAUCACCUUCCUCAUCUUCCUGUGCUCUAGUUGCGAUAGGGAAAAGAAGCCGAGACAGCACAGCGGAGACCAUGAGAACCUGAUGAACGUGCCUUCAGACAAGGAGAUGUUCAGCCGUUCAGUUACCAGCCUGGCCACAGACGCACCUGCCAGCAGCGAGCAGAACGGGGCGCUCACCAACGGGGACAUUCUUUCAGAGGACAGCACCCUGACCUGCAUGCAACACUACGAGGAAGUGCAGACCUCAGCUUCGGAUCUCUUGGACUCCCAGGACAGCACGGGGAAGCCGAAGUGUCAUCAGAGUCGGGAGCUGCCCAGAAUCCCUCCUGAGAGCGCGGUGGACACCAUGCUCACGGCAAGAAGCGCGGAUGGGGACCCGGGGCCGGGCAUGGAAGGGCCGUACGAAGUGCUCAAGGACAGCUCCUCCCAAGAAAACAUGGUGGAGGACUGCCUGUACGAGACCGUGAAAGAAAUCAAGGAGGUGGCGGCAGCCGCACACCUGGAGAAAGGCCACGGAGGCAAGUCCAAGUCUACUUCUACCUUGAAGGAGCUGCCCGGGCCCCACACCGAGGGCAGGGCCGAGUUCGCUGAGUAUGCCUCCGUGGACAGAAACAAGAAGUGUCGCCAAAGUGUGAACGCAGAGGGUCUUCUCGGCAAUUCCUGUGAUCAGGAAGAGGAGGCGCCGCCACCUGUCCCUGUCAAACUCCUGGAUGAGAAUGAAAACCUUCAGGAGAAGGAAGGGAGAGAGGCAGGGCAAGAAAGAGCCACGGAGAGGACCACUGAAACCAACAAGAGAUUUAGUUCAUUGUCCUACAAGUCUCGGGAAGAAGACCCAAAUCUCACAGAAGAAGAAAUCUCAGCCAUGUACUCAUCAGUGAAUAAACCUGCGCAGUUGCUCAAAGCACCAGAGUCCACCUACACCUCCAUUCCAGGGGCCCCUCAGAGGUCACCCUCCUCCUGCAAUGACCUCUAUGCCACUGUGAAAGACUUUGAAAACGCUCCGCACAGCACACUUCCACCGGCAGGGAGACCCAGCGAGGAGCCGGAGCCCGAUUACGAAGCAAUACAGACUCUAAACAGAGAGGAAGAAAAGGGCCCCCCGGGGACCAACGGCCACCACGGCGUCCCAAAGGAGAACGACUACGAGAGCAUUAGUGACUUGCAGCAAGGCAGAGAUAUCACCAGGCUCUAGCAACCCGGAAGACAACCCCAGACAGCCUGCGGUCGGCAUCCGGGGACAUUUCUUCUGUGGGAGAGAAGUGGUGACACACACCUAUACCUUAUAUGCUGCUUUAGUCACCUGAAGAGAGUUGGAGGUGCCGGGACCGUUUCCCCAGUUUUUCAGUUUCUGAGACAGAGAGGAGGCACAGAGCUGGCUGCGCCCGAGGGUGUCCCCGCCUGCCAAGGGGGACAGGCACACCUGGGCACGUCUCCCUUACGUACCCCGCCCUCCACAGAAGACCUGGUGUCGUGGUCUCCUUCCACCACAGCUCCCCCGGCCUGAAAUACUGCCAUUUGGAAGAGCCAGGUUUUUCUUCCUCUCUUCCCUUUUCUCUGUCUGCCACUGACUUUAAAAUGUAAGGCUUUUCCCCCUUGAAAUUUUUUUAUUUCAAUGGUUCAUUCCAAGGAAAUUCUCCCAUGAGGCUUGCCCAUAGGUGUUUUAGGAUGGUGAGAGGCCAUGGUCGCUGGUCACCGCGCAGCAUGCCGGUCCUCUUCCAAGAGCCGUGUGCCAGCACCUGGGAAUGUGACCCCUCUGGAGGGACAGGAGGAAGGAGGGACAUCCUGGAGUCUCUUCGGGCUUUGUUCCUUCUUAUUCUGGCACUGUACUACGUCAGCGGCCUCUCCCCAAAGUACUUGAAGUCCGUUUUAGAUGCUGCCUUUUAUUUUUCUAGUCACAACUUUUUUUUUCCCCAGUGUUUGAAAACGCGUGAGAGCCUUUUCAGUAUUUUCAAUGAAUAUUGCGGUACUUCUAUACGUGUUUAAGCCCAGAGCUCAUUCCUUCAAAACAGAGAGCCUUAAUCUUUACGUUGGGACGCAGACCACGCACUUGGACAGCAGCCAUGCCUCCGUCUCUGAAGGGCUGUGGACACGAAUCUGUAUUCCCAUGAUCUCUGCUGCCCACACCCACAGUGUGCGGUCAUGUAAGUCCACUGCUACCCUAAGGUAAUCUAUCUGAGAUUAAAGUGUAAACAUUUAUUUUUGUUAUAUAAAUUUAUAAGAUGUUUUAUGUUUAAUGCCUAAUUUCUCGAAAGUGCCAGAAAAAAAAAAUGUAUAUUAACUAUUUUGAUUUUAUGUACGAUGAUUUAUACUCUCAUUUUGAAAAGACAUCAUAAAGCACAUAAGCUAGAUGAUGACAAGUAGUUGUUAUCUUUUUUCUAACCAAGUAUUUAAAACAUUGAAGGUUUUUAAAGACUCGCCGUUUCAAAUGGUACUUGGAGCUCCUGGUCCAAAUCACCUACACCACUGGUGAAAGUAGUGGAAUAGACAGAAAUGAUCAUUUUCAGUGGUUUGUGGUGGGCAUUAUUGAAAUAUGUGAAAUGGUAAAAUGAAAAGAAGAACAAAAUAUGAUGAGAGGUGACUGAAUUAUGAACGUCAUAAUUUCAUUUAUGUUUAAUUACAUUUUUUUUAGAAAACAGUGAUGCAUUCUGCAGUCCAUUGCUUGCCAAAUGCAGAUUGCCCCUAUUGGAAUUUUUUUCCUUCAUUUUACAAAAAUCAGUGGCCGAAAUAACUCUGAUUUAGAGUUCAGCCCUGGUUUGAAUUUAAUCAUCUCUUUAGAUCUCAUAAGGCCAACAUCGGAAAACUUGUUCGCUUUUCAUUUUAAAAAUCGCCUGGUUGAAGUGCUAUUACGAAGUGUGGGCUAUGGAAAGGCAGCUUUUCCUACACUGAUAAAGAAAAACUGAGGUAAUUAUUCCAUCCCACUGUGACAUCUGUGACUUUUCAGAUUUAAUAAUCUUGCUGUUUUCCCUCUUUAUGACAAAGAAUGCAAUUAGAAAGAUGAAGCAUCUUGAAAAUGGUAGAGACCAGCUCACUGGCAUGUUUUUCCAUGGCUCGAUGUUGUGACGCUCUGUAUUGCAUUUCUGAAAUUGUAAAGUGAGCUUAUGUUGGGGUGAACUGGUUGGUUGUCAUUAUAUUUCAGUCAAUCUAGUCUCUCCCACAAAGACAUCAUGUGCAUAAGCACGAUCAUCAUUGAUUAGAAGAUAUACCCAGAAUACCCUUGGAUUAAAGAGAAGUUGAUAAAGCGCAAGGCACGUCCUCUCUGAAUUCAGAUCUUUCAUGAGCACUGCUUUGCCCGGUGAUUUCCACCACUUUGUAUUAAUGACUCUGACCCAGCAAUCUCUGACAUCAGGGGGUUGCUUCAGUGCAUGGGAAUGGCCACGUCACGUUGCCCUCCUAGCAUUGUACGUGCCAUAGUCACAUCCUUUAUAGACACCUUACAGCUUAAAAAAUUUAUUGCACUUCAUGUCUUAUUUGUCACCAGGGAAGUAGAUACGAUAUCUAAAGUAUAAAACCUUUUCUGCAGAGAGAAACUCAUUACAAGUGAUCGUGUCAUCUUGAAAUUUCGUUAUCAGAAUUUUCCCCAGAAGUUUUCAAACAUAGGCCAUGCAGUUAUAGCCAUAAAAUAUUCACUGAAAUAUCUUUUCUAAUUUGGGAAACAGUUGGUAAGAAUAACUUGUGGUAUGAAGUGUUCUAAGUAUACUUUAAAAGGAGGUAUAAGGCCCUCCAGCAAAAACCCUAAAAGAAUAAAUGAUAGCACAGUUCAUGAAGGUUGGGGAAGUGGAGCAAACCUUAGAAAGAAGACUCUGCUCUUUAGAGCAUAGGUACUUUUCUGAAAAGUACCUAUUUUUGUGUAUUUAUUGAUGUGUCAUUACUGUUUGACCUCAUACUACAGUUUUUAAUAAAUAUUAUCACAUUUACUUUGUUCAGUAUCUGUGCUUGAAUCUUUGUGUUGAACAACAGCCCAUGGCUUCUUUAAAAAAAUUUCAUCUUGAGCUAAAUGCUGUAGAGAUUAAAUGUAUUAAAAGAUAAUUAUCAAAGACAGAAUUUACUAUAUAUUUAAAAUUCAACUUUGACAUCCAUAUUAUACAUCCAAUUAUAGUAACCUAGGUUAUGUGAAAUUAUAUAAAAAGAUAAAUUUUAGGAAAAUUUUUUUGUCAUAUAAAUCAGAAUUAUAUAUAUAUCUUGGUUAAAACUGGGGUCUUUGAUUUUAUUCAGAUAUUUUGAAGGCUUAGAAGUAUUUUUGUGCCACUUUUAAUAUUUCUUAAAUAUAGUCAGCAGGAAAGUACAAUGUGUUUUAUAGGAAAUAUUUGAGAAGAUCUUAAAUUCUAGAAGAAAAUAAUUUUUGCAAGUAUCUUGACUACAUAUAUUUUUUUUUCUGUUCUGAACUAAAUUAAAUUACAUCAUUAGGUCUGCUAAAGCUUUUGAAACUAUCACUAUUCUUUGUGGGGAAAAAGGCUAAUUACUGAUUUAUCUGCCCUCAAAAUCCCAGAGUUAAUUCUAAUUGAGUGCUAAAUUAAUAGUAAGUAGUUAAAGAACUAAAAUUUAACCGCAUUAUGUCACUAUAUUUCUCUUGAUUUUUAUUUUGCUAAUUAGAGCAUUUACUUACCUACACCAGUAAUAAACUAUAUAUAUAUAUACACACACACACACAUACAUACAUACAGAUAUGUGUAUGUGUGUGUGUGUGUGUAUAGGUGACUCUGGCACAACUCUGGUGCUUAAUUAGGAUAUGUUCUAUUAUGUAUUUUGAAUGUUUAUCCUGCUAGUGUGAUGAGCUUUUGUCAGAAAAACAGAAUCAGAAGAAACAGUUCUCCAAUAGUUUUCAUUUACUAAUUACAGGAAGACCUGGAGUUGCUGUCAUUUAAUUUUGUAAUCAAUACAAUCAGAUUUUAAAUUGUGUCCAUAAUUCUCUUGGCUGAAAAACAGUGGUAUUUUAAGACGGAUUUGUUAGACAUGUGACUCACUACAUAGUCAACCUGAGAGAAGGACAUGUAAAAAGGUGUACUUCUCAGGUAAGUAUCUGAGAAGAGAUUUGGCCUAAAGUAACAAGAGAAUAACCUUAGUGAGCCAGGCCAAGGUCAAGGUGCCCCGCCAGGUAGCAAUAGCCAAAGCCAGUCACCACGUGGUGAUAUUGUUUCAUUCCCUUUAAAAACUACAAGGUUUUACAAGUAGUGUGAAAUAUCAACAGGCAGUGAAGCAAUAGGAUGUGCAAAACAACUGUUCUGAGAUGAUGCCAUGGCUAUAAUUACAGAACUUCAGUUCAAUACUGAAGCAGGGCUUUGUAAAUGAGCAAAGGACAUUUUUUAUCAGUGCUCCUUGUAAUAGUUAACAGGAGUUCAUGUAAUCUAGCGCUGCCAUUCUUCUAAAAGUGUUGAUUUCUGGUACCCCGCCAGCCUAGCUUUGCUGCCGGAAGCACAGUCGGUACUGAUGGUUAAUUCCUGGAAAUCUUGACAAGGCUUAUUGUACUUUGUAAUUGGGAAAAGUUAAAGUGUAAUGUUUGGUGUUAAUAAGUGACUGAUGUGAAAAAAGGAACAUUGUGUCUAUAAUAUCAAAUGUGGCUUUAUUCGCAGUGAAAUCUAAAUUUCUUAUUCUGUAGUAGUGUUUUCUUGCUCUGUAUUAUAUCUUUAAAAAAAAAUACAUUAUUCCUGACAGUGGCAUUAGACAAGUUGAGCACACUUAGACUGAAAGUAUUUGACUUAAAGAGAUAAGUCCAGCAACAAUGAUAAAUUAGAAUCUUUAUCUGGAAAUACCAAAUUAAAUUUAGAAAUGAUGGUACAGAAGAGAACAAACAUUCGUGUUUCUUUUAUCCUCCUCCUCAUUUUAACACCUGUGUUUACAUCCAGUCUCAAAUAUUUGUAAAGUAUUUUGUUAUUUUUCUUUUUUUAUUUAACCUAGAAAUAGUAUUUCAAAUUCUUCUUAAUAUCAGGUGAAAUAAGAAAUAUAAUUUUUGUUAAAAAGACAUUUUUUAAAAAGCAUUCACUUUGGUGACCAUGUAUCUUAAUGCAGGAAGGUUUUCCUUUGCUUGCCACUUACAUACUGUGGGCAUUUUUCAAAAAUGUAUCGUGCUCUGGUCGUCUCAUAUCAUUUGGCAUAAUGUAUUACAAAUGUUGAUAAUUGUCAUCCCUCAGACUUCUGUGUGUUAAAUUGGCAACAGUGUAAAACAUUUUAAGGUUACCUUUUAAAUAAUUGUGUUGUAUUAACAUACCUCACGUUUUCUGAGGAAAUUUGAAAUAUAGCUGAACAAACAAAAGUCUAUUAUAAAUAGGAAUUGGCAUUUCCUUGUUCAUGCAUUUUUUUCCUCAUAAAAAUAGUUACCCCAAAAGUGAUGUAUUGUCUAUUAGGUGGGCCUGAUCGGGUUUAAAGUACUCCCCUUACUCAAAAAUAUUAAGAAAUAAUUCAUGACACUUAAUAGCAUUUUUACUCAUUGUCUCAAAAGGUCUUUGUAAUGGUCAAAAUGUUCAAUUCACAGAAGAGUGGAAAAGUUGUUUUCAGUGUUGGGAAUUUUUAAACCUUAAUUGUAAGUCCAAAAAUAUCUCUUAUUAGCUUCAACAUCUUAUGAUUUUUUUUUUUCUCCUUCCUGACUCCAGUCCUUCUUUAAAAGUCUAAAGGAUAAAUGUAUGAAGUCACUAUUUCUUCCCCCUUAUUUUGGCUACUUGAGCACACAUGGCCUGUUACUUUGCACAGCACUGCCUCUGGGUCUCCUCCCCACCCCAGCGCCUCUGUGUCUGCCAUUCAUGCAUGGGACGUCCCAUUACAUCUUUUCCAGGCCAGAUCACAAGUCUCCCAUAAUUAAGAUCCCACCAGCAGACAGCUCUGUCCACCUUACAUUUCCCUGCUUCACAGGCUGCCAAGAACAGGCCACAGGUCCACAUAUGGAAGCAGAUGCUGGUGGUAUUUGUCAUGAGUUUUGCCAAACCAUGUCCACCCUCUUGCUCCCCUCUUUCGUGAGAAUGGUUGACACUAAGGAGCCAUAGGCUUCUCUUGUUUUCCCUGGAGCCAUACUAGAACCCAAAUGUCUAUGUGCUGCUCUGUGGCUGCCUACUGAUGGCCUGGAAGACACAGUGCCCCGUGGCAAUGCUUGUCUCUUGGGGAGCAGCAGUGUGAAAAAGCAUCAGAAAGGCUGAAUUCUACAUUCAAGUUAACACACAUUUGUGAGCAUUCUGUAUGCUUCAGAUCCUGACACUUUUUAAAAAAAAAAAAAAAUCAUCUUUUAUUUCUGAGUACCAACUCCAUAUUUGACUCUGGAGCAGGAGGGGAGACUAGAAGCAAAAUUUGGACUAAGUGACACAGACAAGAUUUCCUGUCCCUGUGUGUCACUCUGGAAAAUGUCUUAUCCGGACUCCCUAUCUGCCACUCUGAAUCUCAGGGAGUAGACAGUAAAUAUGUACAAAUGAGGAAAAUUAUCUCAAUGAUUUAGCUUACUGUUUAGAUAUUUUCUUCUUUUUAAACUCAGGAAUAAAGCUGGUUUGUGGAUAACAUAAUGUGGCAAGUAAAGCUAUAAUUUGUGGGUGACUGGAAGCAUCCUUUCAAAUAUGUUUCUUCUAAAGACUUCUAACUUUGUUUUAGUGAGGCAAAGAAACUCCUCAUAUUAAAAAAGCAAAACAAAUAAAAACAUCCAUAAGCUUUUUCUCUAAGAGCGUAGCAUCAGUCUACCAUCCAUCCCAGAGUGUUUCUCGCCUAUAGUAUUUCAACAAUUUUUAUGGGAGAAAAAAAUGCAUGUUUUUUUUUUAUUUCUUUGAAGUGAAUUGAGUUGUUGAAUUCUCAAAUGGGACAAUGUAAAGGGAAGCAUUGGUGUUGGAGACAAGAGCACAGGGCUGUGAACCCUGUUCCAGUGUUGACUUUACUGUGUGACUUUGAGCAAAUGAUUUAACUUCUCUGUGCCUCAGUUUCUCCAUAUACAAAAUGGGGAUAAUGAUAUACCAACCAUUGCCUACCUCAUAGAGCUGUUAUGGGGACAAAUGAGAUAAUAUAGACAAGUACAAUGCUUUGAAGAAAGGUGGAAGAAAGGUGCUAUAUAAAUUAAAGUUGUGUUUUCUUAGUGAUUCAAUUAUUAAUUUAUGUUUAGGGUUUAAAUAAUAGCAAUACUGUAAGUCACAUUAAGAAUAAGUUUCGAUUUGAUGCAUAUUUUCAAUUCUCUUCUGUGGCCAGAUCUUCAUCAUUCAUCCAGUAAUGGUACCUAAGGAACUGAAAUGGAUAUUGUUUUCUGUGUGUCUCUGCCAGUAGUAUUUUAAUUCUAAAUAUUCGGAAAAGGCUGGAGUUUAACUUGUAAUAUCUUAUAGUUUACAUGUAAUGAACCUUAUUCAAGCUGUAUAUAAAAGUAUAAUUACAUGUAAAUAGCAGGUACAUUGUAAUUAAAGGCACUUAUCAAAUUGUCUUUGUUCUUUUUAAAUUGUAAUAAAGGUCGGUUUUAUAUAAAA